AUGCGUGAGAUUCUUCACAUCCAAGGAGGCCAGUGCGGCAAUCAAAUUGGUGCAAAAUUCUGGGAGGUGAUAUGUGCAGAACAUGGGAUCGAUGCGACUGGAAGGUACAAUGGAGAUUCUGAGCUGCAGCUUGAAAGGAUCAAUGUUUAUUACAACGAGGCAAGUGGUGGAAGGUAUGUUCCAAGGGCUGUCCUUAUGGAUCUUGAACCUGGUACCAUGGAUAGUGUCAGGUCAGGUCCAUAUGGUCAGAUUUUUAGACCUGAUAAUUUUGUUUUCGGACAAUCUGGUGCCGGAAACAACUGGGCUAAAGGCCACUACACCGAGGGUGCUGAGUUGAUUGAUUCUGUCCUCGAUGUUGUCCGAAAAGAAGCAGAGAAUUGUGACUGCUUGCAGGGAUUUCAGGUGUGCCAUUCAUUAGGAGGAGGGACCGGAUCCGGUAUGGGAACUUUGUUGAUAUCGAAGAUCAGAGAGGAAUACCCGGAUAGGAUGAUGCUUACCUUCUCUGUGUUUCCCUCUCCUAAGGUUUCUGACACAGUUGUUGAGCCUUAUAAUGCAACCCUUUCUGUGCACCAGCUUGUUGAAAAUGCAGAUGAAUGUAUGGUCCUUGAUAACGAAGCUCUCUAUGACAUCUGCUUCCGUACCCUCAAACUCACCACUCCAAGCUUUGGUGAUUUGAAUCAUCUGAUAUCUGCUACAAUGUCUGGGGUCACAUGUUGCUUGAGAUUUCCAGGACAGCUUAACUCUGACCUGAGAAAGCUUGCUGUGAAUCUGAUCCCCUUCCCUCGGCUCCAUUUCUUCAUGGUGGGUUUUGCUCCUCUGACCUCACGUGGUUCGCAGCAGUACAGCGCCUUGUCCGUCCCGGAGCUCAGCCAGCAAAUGUGGGAUGCAAAGAACAUGAUGUGCGCGGCAGAUCCACGCCACGGCCGGUAUUUGACAGCCUCGGCAGUGUUCAGGGGCAAAAUGAGUACCAAGGAAGUCGAUGAGCAGAUGAUCAAUGUUCAAAACAAGAACUCUUCAUACUUCGUUGAAUGGAUCCCAAACAAUGUCAAAUCAACCGUUUGUGAUAUCCCUCCUACAGGCCUGAAAAUGGCGUCGACAUUCAUUGGAAACUCGACAUCAAUUCAGGAAAUGUUCCGUCGCGUGAGCGAGCAGUUUACUGCCAUGUUUAGGAGGAAGGCUUUCUUGCAUUGGUACACUGGGGAGGGAAUGGAUGAGAUGGAGUUCACAGAGGCAGAGAGCAACAUGAAUGAUUUGGUGUCCGAGUAUCAGCAGUACCAAGAUGCCACAGCUGAUGAGGACUACGAGGAUGAAGAGGAGGAACUCCAUGACAUGUGA